AUGGAUUUAAGGACUUUUAGAAAAUAUCGGAACUACUAUGAAUUGCUAACAGAGAUGCCUCGCUUCAAACAUUGUACUAUUUCAUUUCGAAGAAUGCGUGAUAUCAUACCUCAAAUUCGCAAAUGGUUCAAUCAGCAGAGUGCCAAGCGCUACCAGGAACUCAUAUUUUGUCAAGAGGAUUCUGGAGAUCUAAACCUACAGAAUAUCACAAUUUUGAUUGUCAAAGCUAUUAACGAUCAUGAAGACGACCCAGCUCCAAGUGAAAUUGAUGCGGAAGAACCAGAUUCGACAGAUGAAGAACUGAUAGAGGAAGAUGGUUUAUUGGAAGAAGAGACUGAAACCCCCAAGAUAACACCAUGUGGUUCAAUUACAACCCUCAAGCCCAUAGGGAAUCAAUGUGUACAAUCUGUCAAGAAGGCUACAAUUCUACUUCAAGGAUAUCUUCUCUGGCAUGUACGCACUUUUACCAUGAAGAUUGUAUCCAGCAAUGGUUAA